AUGUCUACUCGUAUGUCUGCUGCUCAGCAAUUACUAGAGGCCUUGGAACUUUUAUAUGAAGCUGGGGUUGUACACCGUGAUCUAAAUGAAAGGAACUGUAUGUGGGGGAUGGUUCCUCUGCAUAAUCUCGAUAGGACUGCUAAAUAUAAAGCACUUGGUCGACCACUAAAGGAAGUAAUACCAUGUGUCGACCUCUGGAAGCAUGGAGAGCUUGUUCGGUCUGUUGAAGUCCCUGUGAACUUGCGUACCGAGGCAUUCUAUCUCGGUGACUUUGGUCUAGGGAUGAAACUUGGUGACCCUAUAACUCAACGCGGCUAUCCGCCUGUGCAAUUUCGCUUACCAGAUCGUCUUCAUGGGAAACAUCCAAGCUUUGUCUGCGACAUGUGGAGUUACAUGGUCAUCUUUGCGGAGCUUUACUUUGGCUACCUGCUUUUCCAUUCCUUCCUUGACGGUGGAAUAGUAACUAGUCUUGCCAUAUGUUUGGGUCCACUACCUGAGGAGUGGAAGGACCUUUACACUCACCCUGGACGCCUUGAUUCUUGGUAUGAUCAGCGUCAAACUCCUGAUCCAGAGCAUGAUCUCGAAUCAACAAUUGCAUACUUUCGUCCCGAUGCUGAUCCGACUGAGCGAAAACAUGUGCAAACUGUUAUGUCCAGGGUAUUUACUUACUGCCCAGAAAAGCGCCUGACCGCUACACAGCUUCUGCAGGACCCGUCAUUCAGAGCUAUCAUGGAAAAAUAUGGUUGUUGA